GUACAGUAUAGCCUCUGUAUACAACACCCUGCCUCCCAGCACAGUAUACCCCCUUUACACAACACCCCACCUCGCAGUACAGUAUACACUCUGAAUACAACACCGUCUCCCAGUACAGUAUACCCUCUGUAUACAACACCCUGCCUUCCAGGACAGUAUACCGUCUGCGUACAACACCCUGUCUGCCAGUACAGUAUACCCUCUGUACACAACUCCAUGUCUCCCAGUACAGGACACCCUCUGUUUACAUUAUCCCAUAUCCCAGUACAGUAUAUCCUAUGCGUACAACACCCUGUCUGCCAGUUCAGUAUACCCUCUGUAGACAACACCCUGCCUCCCAGUACAGUAUACCUACUGUAUACAGCACCCUGCCUCCCACUACAGUAUAUCUUCUGUAUACAACACCCCAACCCCCACUUACAGUAUACAUUCUGUUUACAACUCCCCGUUUCCCAGUACGAUAUACCCUAUGUACACAACAACCCAUCUCCCAGUACAGUAUAUCCUCUGUAUACAACACCCUGUCUCCCAGUACAGUAUAUUUUCUGUACACAACACCCCAUCUCCCAGCACAGUAUAGCCUCUGUAUACUACACCACCUCCCAGUACAAUAUACCCUGGGUAUACAUCACCCCAUAUCCCAGUACUGUAUAUCCUCUGUAUAUACAACACUCCAUCUUCCAGUACAGUAUACCCUCCGUAUACAUCAUCCCAUCUCCCAGUACAGUAUACCCGCUCUAUCCAACACCCUGUCUCCCAGUACAGUAUACCCUCUGUAUACAACACCCUGUCUCCCAGUACAGUAUACCCUCUGUAGACAACACCUCGCCUCCCAGUACAGUAUACCCUCUGUACACAACACCCCAUCUCCCAGUACAGUAUACCCUCUAUACACAACAUCCCGUCUCCCAGUACAGUAUACCAUCUGUAUACAACACCCCGUCUCCCAGUACAGUAUACCCUCUGUAAAGAACACCCCGUCUCCCAGAACAGUAUACCGUCUGUAUACAACACCCUGCCUCGCAGUACAGUAUACCCUCUGUACACAACACCCCGUCUCCCAGUACAGCAUACCAUCUGUAUACAACACCCUGUCUCCCAGUACAGUAUACCCUGUUUACACAACACCCAAUCUCCCAGUACAGUAUACCCUCUGUAUACAACACCGUCUCCCAGUACAGUAUACCCUCUAUAUACAACACCCCGUCUUCCAGGACAGUAUACCGUCUGCGUACAACACCCUGUCUGCCAGUACAGUAUACCCUCUGUACACAACUCCAUGUCUCCCAGUACAGGACACCCUCUGUAUACAUCACCCCAUAUCCCAGUACAGGAUAUCCUAUGCGUACAACACCCUGUCUGCCAGUACAGGAUACCCUCUGUUUACAUCACCCCAUAUCCCAGUACAGUAUAUCCUCUGUAAACAACACCCUGUCUCCCAGCACAGUAUACCUUCUGUAUACAACACCCUGUCUCCCAGUACAGUAUACCCACCGUAUACAACACCCUGCCUCCCAGUACAGUAUACCCACUGUAUACAUCACCCUGCCUCCCAGUACAGUAUAUCUUCUGUAUACAACACCCCAACUCCCACUUACAGUAUACAUUCUGUAUACAACUCCCUGUUUCCCAGUACGAUAUACACUCUGUACACAACACCCCAUUUCCCAGCACAGUAUACCCUCGGUAUACAACACCCCAUCUCCCAGUAUAGUAUACCCACUGUACACAACACCCCGUCUCCCAGUACAGUAUACACUCUGUAUACAACACCCCAUCUCCCAGUACAGUAUACCCUCUGUAUAGAACACCCCGUCUCCCAGAACAGUAUACCGUCUGUAUACAACACCCUGCCUCUCA